AUGAUUAGUAAAAAUAAAACAACCGAUCCCAUGGACCCAGUAAUACCACUGCCAUCUAAUAGGCUUGAAAAAAUGGAAAGGAUUAAGAAAGGACCUUAUCAGCCAAUGAAUAUACAAUUUCCUCGAAAAACAGUAGAUGAUACAACUGACGUAGGUCAUCAUGAACAGAUGUCUGUGGUUGUACGAUAUUUUGAUAUACACUUAUUUAUGCCAGUUGAACGUUUUAUUUGUCUUAAGCGACUAUUAAGUGUUAAUUCUAAUGCCAUAUUUGCAGUGUUGUCAGAAAUCAUGUCAAACUAUAAUCUUAAUUGGGAUGAUGUGGUGUCUGUAUGUUUUGAUGGUGCUUCCACGAUGUCAGGAUGUAUUUCGGGAGUUCAAACUAAAUGUAAAGAAGAAAAUUCAAGAAUCAUGUAUGUGCACUGUUAUGCUCACUGCCUCAACCUGGUUUUAGUAGAUGCUUGUACUACUAGGAGAAAUAUACCAAUGAUAUUUGAUUUUUUUGGAGUUGUUCAAUUGUGUUAUUCAUUUAUUGAAGGUAGCGCGGUACGUCAUGCUAUUUUAGAAAAAAUAUCAAAAGAUACUAACAUGCAAUUGAAAACAUUGAAAUCGUUAUCUACUACAAGAUGGGCAUGUAGAGCAGAAGCCGUUGCAGCACUAAAGCAUAAUUACUUAGUUCUUAUCCCAGCAAUAGAAGAAAUAAUUUCUUCUACUUCAGCUACUGAUGUAUGUGCAAAAGGACGUGGUCUUCUAUUUCAAAUAAAGAGUUUUAAUUUUAUAUUAGGAUUAGAAAUUAUGCAACCAGUUUUACAAUUGAUAAAUAAAGUUAGUAAAAUGCUUCAAAAAGAAAAUUAUGAUUUACUUUCAGCUAUGGCAAAUGUAAAAGCUCUUCGUUUAGCAUUAUUAGAUAUGAGAACAGAAGUAUAUUUUAAAAAAAUAUUUGAUACAAGUGUAUCUAUAUGUAAAGAAUUGGAUGUUCCAAUUCCAUUAAUUAAUAAAAGAAAAAUCUCUUCUCACAUAGACAGUAACAAAACACAAUUUGUUCAAGAAACUAAAGAAUCAGAACUAAGAAUAUCAGCCUUUUAUCCAAUGAUAGACGUCAUGGUUCAUAGUAUUGAUGAACGAUUUAGCCAGGACACUAUGCAAGCUAUAAAUGCAGUUGAUAGUUUACUAAAUAUGGAUAUAUCGCAAACUGACCUAUAUUUUCUAUCUAAAAUGUUUCAAUGUGAUAGUGAAAAACUAGAAGUAGAAGUAAUGCUAUUAAAAAAUAAUUCUACGAUUCCAAAUAAAGACAGCUUAAGUAAUAAAAGUAAAAUCCACGAAUGGUUAAUUUGGUUGAAGUCUAAUGAUCAUUAUAAAUACUUCAACCAAUUUUUUAAUGUCAUUCAAAAGUUUGUAGUGAUCCCAGUAACAAGUUGUACUUGUGAGAGGUCUUUCUCUAAAUUAACCCUAGUCAAAUCCAAAUUAAGCUCUACCAUGAAGCAAGAGAGAUUGAAUGCUUUGAUGGUAUUGACAGUAGAACAGGAAAUGGCAGUAAAUGUUGAUGCUGAUGCUGUUAUAGACGAUUUUAAAAUAGCGGUAGAUUUUAAUAGACGAAUGUCAUUAUAA